CAUGGCGCUGCCCUUAAAGUUGUAAAUUUUAUCAGGUCAGAAAAACGAUUGGGCGGCAUUUUCCGGUCUAAAUAUUCCCUGUUUGAAAUUUGCUACUAUUAGACUUCAGUGGGAGAUGAUGACCUGAAAUAACAACAUCCUCUAAUCUUGAACAGUUUCGUGUAUGCUUUGCCUUGGAACUUGGUGAUAGUCGAUUCUCAUUUAUAUUGAUUGAUUUGAAAAUAGAAACUGGAACUGUGACUGCCUGAGGAAACUGAAAUCUAGUGGAACGAGUGCACAGCCUCUUUGAUAUGAAAGGUUAAGAGUCAAUAAAUAUUUUCCUUAUCCAUGAUGGAGGAUGCAGUCACCUCAAAUUUUAUAUCAUCAUUGAGAGUUCUAUUUGAAAUUUUGGAUGAAAAACGUGCUGGUUAUGUGAGAUUCUCGGAUAUUGAAUUGAGGUGGAAUGAAGAAGGUGUAAGAGGAUUACCCUAUGGUGUGUUAGAUGCUCUUAGAAAGGUAGUUCCACCUAAUGGCUGUCUUACAUUUGAACAAUUUGUUUCUGGUUUAAAAUUGGCUUUAGUGACAAGCGCAAAGCAGAAAGAAAAGGGGCCUCCUCCAAGCUACAAUAAGGAUAAGGAAAAGAUAUAUGAUAGGGCAGGCUACCAAGUUACUAAACAAUAUGGAGAUGAAAUUCCUUAUUAUAAAGCUACAUAUGUCAGGACUGGACCUCCAGUAACUGUUGCAGUCAAACCUAACAAUGCCUUAAAUACCAAUAGAAGAAGUGGGAGUAGUCAGCACCUAAAUGAAAGAAAGGGUGAGGAUAAUUCCUCUGCUCCUGCUCGACCACCCAGACCUGCUGCUUAUAGAAAGGAACCUGUGAGAAGAGCUCCUGUGCAACGAAAAAAUUCUGGUAGAAGACACACCUUGACCAGUGGAGUUGAUCAUAACCUAGUCAUUAGACUCCAACAGCUUGAUGAGGAGAAAAACCUUUUACUACAGGGUCAGAAAGUUGUAGAUGAAACUAAGGAAUGGUAUCGAAAACAGCUUUCUCAAAUCCAGGAAAAACAAAAAUAUGCUGGAAAAGUCAUGUUCAACAAUAAUUCACUGGAAGCUCAUAGAGAGAAAAUCAACUUUUUAAAAGCCAGAAUAUUUGAGGUGAACCAAAAUCUAAAAACAUUGAUUGAAAGUUCUGAAAAGGGUUUCCCUUUACAUAUGAAUCUUGCCUUAGGAUUGACAUUUGCCACCAAUACCAAAGAUAAUGGAAUUCAAAUGGUACGCGAACAAAAUAAACUGUUAACAAACGAAGUCAGCACUAAAGAUAAAAAGAUAUCCGUGUUAGAAAGGGAGAAGAGUUCAUUAAUUCGUGAGUUGUUUGAAGCUAGAUCAGGUGGAAAGACCAAUUAUGAUGACACUACAUUUAUGUAAAACGUGACAAACUAUGGAGUGUAAUGCAAAGUCAAAAACACUUUAGAAGGUUAAGAUUAUUUUCAUGUCUUAUUCAGUUGAAGGAAAAAACUUAUUGUGCAGAUCAGUAGAUACAUCCUGUGGAAUAUUAUAGUUUUUAUAUUAACCUAAGUUAAAAUAAUUUCAAAGAAAAACUCCUAAGGGGUCUGAAAGGUGCUUUCUAUCUAUCAUUUACAAGUGAAUGAUAUUUUGAUCAACAGGGUAUAAUUCAAAACGUAAACAGGAGCAGUCCAAUUCAUUUUGAGGUAGACAAAUUAAACUUAUACUUAUACAAGCCAACCACUUUGUAAUUGUUUCAAGUAAGCUAUCUAUUGUUGAAGUGGACUGCUCAUGAUUAGUUUUGAAUUUGAAGUCAUGAAUUGCUUGACAAGUCUUCUGUUCAAUAUUACCUAUUUCUGCUCAAAUAUAAAUCAUUUCAUAAUGUUUUAGCUUUUCAUAUGCAAGUUUAUUUUCAACUUUUUCUUCACUGCUCACUAUGUUUUUUUUUUUUUGCUUUUUGCUCAAAGUUUAUUAUUAUUUCAUCAAGGGUAUAUAUAGAGUUAUAUAUAAUAAACACCAAAUAAUAUAUAAUAAACACCAAAUAAUAUAUAAUAAUAUAAUGUGUCUUAAAAAAGCCUAUAUUAGAAUAUUGUUGAUUUAAGAUCAUGUUUUGAAAUAUUAUAAUGUUAAAGGAAUACGUCUUAGAAUGAACAUGAAAUUUAAGAAUUUUAAACUUGGCCAAUAAGAGAAUAAAUUAUAUCAUCAGUAUAUAUACCUGAUGUCAUAAAUAAAAUAACAGGAUCUUUAUAUAAUCUGAUAAAUCCAAAAAACUUAGUAAUUAUCCAUAAAUAUGCAAUUAACUAUUGAAAAACGCUUAAUAUUAAGCAUUGAUUAAUAAUUACUUAGUUUUAUGAAUAUUCCAGAUUUUACAGGGAUUCUGUUGUAACUUUAUGACACCAGGUAAGUUCGCUGAUGAAUAUAUACUCAUAUUCUUGAGAACUUGAAUUCUAUGUUUAUUUUAAGACGAAGUAUCAAUUGAAUUUCCAGGUAUAACAUUGAAGUUGCAUUAUUCUUCAUGAAUAAUUUUCUACAUAUUUUGUUAAUGUACAAAAGUUCUUGCAUUAAUCAGAAUAUUUUAUGUUGGUGUCAUUAUCAUGCAUGUUGUUAUUUCAAUAUUAUUAUACAGUAUUUAUGUAUCUAUUAUAGCCUACCCCGCUUGUAGUAAGACUAUGUUUUGUUAUAAAACAAUUGAUGUCGCUGGCAAAAUAACAAUUAUCUGGUGUUAAGGGAUUAAUUUGAGUGCUUAAUUGCGUUCACUUUUUAAAUUCUGAUGCCUCCUGUGUCUGUGUCAAUUUUAGAGAGUCCACAAAACCAAAAUUGUUACAUUGUUAUUUUUGACAGCAAUAUGAAUUGUGAUUGAAAGGUUUAGAGUUGUGAUGAAAAUUAGAGUGGUGCCUUUUUUGGUUGUGAUGUUUAGUUUAUCAUAUAUUUUAUGUCUAUAUUUACACUGUGAUGCCUAAAUGUUGUGAAAUUUUUAUCCUAUAUUUAACUAAUUAUAAUUGUUUUGCAUUUGGGCUGUUGAUAAAGCUGUAAUUGCCAGUAUUGUAUGACUUCACCUUGUCUUCUAGGUGUUACUUUCUUGACUCUUAUUAUACCCAUUGAUGUGAGUUCUAAGAAGACGAAAGAAUUUUUGAAAGAAUUGAAUGAAUAUUUUUGAAUUAAGAUAUUUAACUGCCACACUAUUCAUUUUAUGCAAUAAAUAAAAUGGUUUUAUUCAUU